AUGUUGGUGGCAUUGAUGUUGGCCAUGCCAAUGAAUGCAUUCCAAUAUAUUGAAUACAAUGAGUUGGAUGACACUGUUCAAGCUCAGACUACAGGUGGACUUGUACAAGGUCUACGCAUGGAUGACUAUGCAGUGUUCUAUGGUAUUCCAUUCGCCGCACCACCAGUUGGAGAUGCACGUUGGCAACCACCAACUGAUCCAAAGUCAUGGCAACCAAAUGUACUCGAUGCGAGAUAUCCACAAUAUGGAUGUCCACAGAACUGUAUGCUUCCACCUGGAACAUGCCCAACUAAUACUAGUGAGGAUUGUUUGUAUUUGAAUGUGUUUGUACCAUUGACUGCUUUGCCUGUGGAUGGAGAGUCGAAUAGACCAGUUAUGGCAUUCUUGCCAGGUGGACGUUUUGAACAGGGUGCCGCAUCAUCAGUGUUGUAUAACGCUGGCACGAUGGUCAACAGCUCAAACGCCAUCGUCGUCACGAUCAACUACCGCCUGGGAGUGCUUGGCUUCCUCAUGACCGACGACUUUACCGGCAACUACGGAUUCCUGGACCAACGACAGGCGCUCCAAUGGAUCCAAAACAACAUCGCCUACUUUGGUGGCAACUCAUCGCGCGUUACACUCUGUGGUCAGUCCGCCGGCGCCACUUCUAUCGCCGCUCACAUCACCUCGCCACUCUCAUUCGGUCUGUUCCAACAGGCCAUCAGUGAGAGCAACCCAUUCACGCUGGAUCUCAAGACACGUACGGUCGCCAAGCAAAACUCUAUGCACUUUGCCAAGGCUGUUGGUUGUCCCACUGCCACUCCCGCCUGUCUGCUCGCUGUCGACGCUGAUGCUGUCAUCCAGGGCCAGAUCAAGGCGCAACAAGAGGUCGACCCACUUAUCCCAUUGGCCGCAUUCCUGCCAUGGACACCAACUGUGGACGAGGUCGACAUCCUCGAUCAGCCCAUCACAUUGAUCGAGCAAGGCAAGUUCCUGGACAUCCCAAUGAUUGUUGGUACAGUCAAGGAGGAGGCAUUGCUGUUCAUCUAUCAAGCCUCGGCCAAGAACAUCACCGAGGAGGAGUACGCCGGAGUGCUGGCACUCUUGUUCUAUGAAAAGGCAGUUGAUAUCGCUGCAGGAUACCCUCCUGUGCACUCGGACAACCGUCCAGUCAUGUCGGUGCUCGGCACCAACUUCAUCUUUGUGUGUCCCAACCGCAACAUGACCAGAUACUUGAACCGCGUGGAGCCAGUCUUCACCUACCAAUUCCAGCACGUAUUGUCCUUUGAUGCAUGGGGACCAGACUAUCCAUACUGCGUGGGACACGUCUGCCACGGCUCCGAGCUGCCAUUCAUCUUCAACAGUGCGUCACUGGGCGGCUACACCUUUGAUGCCGACGAGCAGGUGCUGGCCUACGCCAUGAACAACUAUUGGAUGAACUUUGUUGCCAAUGGCAAUCCCAACAUUGGACUGAGCGUGCCAACCGUCUGGCCCAACUACGACACCAACACCGAUCAAUCAAUGAUCUUCCAAGCACCAACUCCCUUUGUCCAAGCCAAUGUACUCGAGCCACAAUGCAACUCACUCGACCAACUCGUUGGUUACAAUGACCCAUACAGAUAA